CAUGCGCAAUGGGCGGAGAAAAGGAGGAUGUGGUGAUGAGAACUGUGCGUGCGUGACGGAGAACCAACGUGCCUACAUUGAGUCCUAUCGGUGUUUUCUAAAGAAAGCACGUUGGCGUGUAUGCUCAGUCCAGCCUUGGCCAGUCGGUUCCUGUCUCUUCCUUCGUUGUUUACGGCUACGAGACGACACUCGCUUCCCCUGAGUCCUGUUCUGCUGACAAGAAGAGGACCAUUACUGUCACGGACGGCAGCUCUCUCCUCUCCUCCACAGCAUGCAGCCACUGCUGGUAACAUGAGCAGCCUGGAGGACCUGGUGUUUGACAACAGAGCCCUGAAGAGCCUUCCCAUUGAUCCAGAGACUCAAAACUAUGUCAGGAGUGUGGGCAGGUGCGUGCUUUUCCCGUGUCAGACCCACACCUCUGAGCAAUCCUCGACUCGUGGCCCACUCUCCGUCUGCCCUCCGUCUUCUGGGACUCUCUCCUGACCAGGUGUCACGACCAGGGUUUGUGGGGUACAUGAGUGGGAACAAGAUACUGCCAGGCUCAGAGCCGGCCUCUCACUGCUACUGUGGCUAUCAGUUUUGGACACUUCUCUGGACAACUGGGAGAUGGCUGUGCGUCGCUACCUGGGGAGAGGUGGUGGGUCCAGGAGGUCAAAGGUGGGAGCUGCAGUUAAAGGGAUCGGGGAAGACCCCCUACUCACGGUUUGCUGAUGGCAGGAAGGUCCUCCGUUCCUCAAUCAGAGAAUUCCUCUGCUCUGAGGCCAUGCAUUAUCUUGGAAUUCCAACUACAAGAGCUGGUUCCUGUAUCACAUCAGAUGACACUGUGACCAGAGACAUUCUCUACAGUGGACACCCCAUCCAGGAGAGGUGUACUGUCAUCACCAGAAUUGCCCCCACCUUUAUCAGAUUUGGAUCAUUUGAGAUAUUCAAGACGAGGGAUAGGGAGACAGGUCGUGUGGGGCCAAGUGUGGGACGUGAGGACAUUCUCCACCAACUCAUAGACUUUGUCACUCAGUCCUACUACCCUCAGGUUCAUAUCCAGGAGCCAGAGGACAGGAGAGCCAGGACUGCUCUCUUCUUCAGAGAUCUGUGUGUGAGGACUGCCCACCUGGUGUCUGCCUGGCAGUGUGCCGGCUUCUGCCAUGGAGUUCUCAACACUGACAACAUGAGUAUAGUGGGAGUGACCAUUGACUAUGGUCCCUAUGGAUUCCUGGACAGAUACGACCCUGGACACAUCUGCAAUGGCUCGGACAAUGAGGGUCGAUAUGCCUAUGACCAGCAGCCCAGAGUGUGUCGGUGGAACCUGGGCAAGUUGGCCGAGGCUCUCUCUCCUCUUCUCUCUGAAGAGGACACUCUCCUCGCACUACAGCUCUAUGAUUCUGAAUUUGAGAAGAGCUAUCUAAAGAAGAUGAGAUUAAAGCUAGGACUGUGUAAGGAGGAGGAGGAUGACAGUGAUCUGAUAGAGUCUCUACUGGACACAAUGCAUACCACUGGAUGUGACUUUACCAAUGGAUUCCAAUGUCUCAGUCGAGUGACAAUUCCUGAGAGUCAAGACUCCACAACAGAGAGGGAGAUUGAGGAGGUGGUGGAGUAUCUCCUGGAAGAAUGUGCCUCUCCUCAACAACUGGUCCAGUCCAACAGACCAAAGAUGCCACCUCAUCAGCUGCACAUGUUCCAGCAGCUGAUGGAGACGGCGCCAGAGGUGCUGCAGGCUCUGGGUCUGAGACCUGAGUCCCUCCAGCAGGAGAUUGCCAAAAUGCAGAACAUGGACAAACUCAAGGAGAUGAGUGUGGAGGAGAAGAGGAGUGGAGACAGAGCGGUGUGGCUGGAGUGGCUGUCGAGGUACUCUCAUCGACUCCACCGAGACCUGGACUCUGGGACUGAUGUCUCCAAGGUUAAUGAGGUUCGUCUCUCCACCAUGAAACAGAAUAAUCCAAGGUUUAUACUCCGCAACCACAUUCUACAGACUGCCAUAGAACAUGCAGAGAAAGGAGAUUUCUCUGAGGUCCGUCAUCUGUACCAGAUGCUGCAGACACCCUACCAGCAUGUGGGAGGAGUGGGGUCUCCUGGACCAGUGGUUGAGGCCAGGGAGGAUGGAGGGACUGUGGCUUCUCGUGAUAGGGGAGGGAGAGGAGAGGGAGGGGAGGAGGCGGGAGCUGUGGGGGGUGUGGCAGUGGGGUCAGCUGUCAGUCAAUACUACAGCAAGCCACCAGACUGGGCCCUGACUCUGUGCGUCACCUGA